GUAGAGCUGAUGCCCAGAGCCGGCGAUGACCUCCAGAAAUCAGCCAAAGAGAUUAAUUUCACCGUCAAUCAUUACAUCCACAUUCCGGGGCCGUACAGCGCCCUCUACAACUACCAGUCCCUCUACACGGCUAUUGACCGGACCUUCCAGGAGACCCGUAUUUACGUCCUUUACUGCCGCUGGCCAAUGUUGCAAGAUUUUGUUUCUCGCUUUCACGAGAAAGGUCUCACGGAAUCAGGAGAAUACGUCAUCGUUGGGAUCUUGAACGACCAGCCCUUCGAGGAAUCAAUGAGCACAGAACUAAUGUUUUCAC